UAAACCUAAACCAGACUUCUACAUCGCAAUCUGCAAUUCCGCCCAUUCACAUUGAUACACAGCCGCCGCUCCACUUCCCUUGGAUUACGUCCCUCAUCACGCCGCUGCUGCUCCUCAAUCGUUCCGCGGCUUCUUCUCCCUUGUCACGCUGCUGCUCCUCCAUCGCCGACGCUCUCUCUCGAUACUGCUCCUUGCUGCUGUUGUCCUCCUACUUCGCCGCCGCAGGUUGUAGAGUUCCAAUCAUGUCUUGGUGUACUAUUGAGUCUGAUCCUGGUGUUUUUACGGAACUUAUACAACAAAUGCAAGUGAAAGCCAUCAAGAACAAUAACAUCACAGUCAACAUUUUCCUUGUUAUCAUCCAGUCACCAAAUUUGCCUUAUACCCUUGGGUUCCACCACCCAAAUCUUGUGGCAUUUGCAUCCCAGAUUGAGUUUUCAGUGGUCGAGGAGCUGUAUUCUUUGGACCUGGAUUCUCUAGACAGCCUUAGGCCUAUAUAUGGGUUGGUUUUCCUUUUCAAAUGGCAUCCAGGGGAAAAAGAUGAACGUCCUGUCUUAAAGGAUUCAAACUCCAACCUUUUCUUUGCCAGUCAGGUGAUCAACAAUGCCUGUGCAACCCAAGCAAUUCUAUCUAUUCUAAUGAACUGCCCAGAUAUUGACAUUGGCCCAGAAUUGUCUAAAUUGAAAGAAUUCACGAGGAAUUUUCCACCUGAACUCAAAGGUUUGGCCAUUAACAACAGUGAAGUUAUACGUGCAGCUCAUAACAGUUUUGCAAGACCUGAGCCCUUUGUUCCUGAGGAGCAGAAGGCUGCUGGAAAAGAUGAUGAUGUGUACCAUUUUAUAAGUUAUUUGCCUGUUGAUGGAGUUCUGUACGAGCUUGAUGGUUUGAAAGAGGGUCCCAUUAGCCUUGGCCAGUGUACUGGUGGGCACAAUGAUAUGGACUGGUUGCAAAUGGUGCAACCAGUGAUCCAAGAACGCAUUGAGAGGUAUUCUAAAAGUGAAAUCAGAUUCAAUCUCAUGGCAAUAAUCAAGAACCGGAGAGAAAUAUAUACUGCUGAACUCAAGGAGCUGCAAAGGAGGAGGGAGCGUAUUUUGCAGCAGCUUGCUUCAUUGCAGUCGGAUAGGAUGGUGGAUAGCAGCAACUUUGAAGCAUUGAACAAAUCACUAUCUGAGGUAAAUACUGGGAUUGAGACUGCAACUGAGAAGAUAUUGAUGGAGGAGGAAAAAUUCAAGAAGUGGAGGACUGAGAACAUUCGGAGGAAGCACAAUUAUAUACCCUUUUUGUUCAACUUCCUGAAGAUUCUUGCCGAGAAGAAGCAGCUGAAGCCCCUUAUCGAGAAGGCCAAGCAGAAAACAUGAUUUUCUCAAGGAAAGGUGAGAUCUCUGGUCGGGUGCCAUGUACUGUAUAAGAUAUUUAUGUUCUUAUAGUUAAUUUAUAGAGGACUUUGGCAAAUUUUUGGUAUGUUAGCACAUUUGUUUUCUCUGGUGCUAGUUCGUUGUUCUUGAUUCUCUCUCUAGGUCACUAUUCCCCAUCCCCCUAGGUGCUUUGAAAGAAAUCGUAGCAUGUGAAGGCUUUGAGAGGUUCAAGCAUCUCACUGUGAAGCCUUAAGACUGCUUGCUAUGUUUAAUGUUGAAGUAUUGGGAUCAUGUGGAGCUUGUAUAGCAAAUCAAAAUGGCACGAGUUCUGAGGCUGUGUUGUCGUUUUGUUUACUUGGUUUGGCUAUGGAUUCCAGAGUUUUUGUAUAAUUCAGGUUUUAAUGGUAGAAAUACUAAUGGAUAAUGUUCAUUUA